CAGCUGCCUACUGCCCAAGGAUGCUGUCCUUGUGGAUCAGCAGCCCUGUCAGAUGUCAGAAGGCCAUCCUGGAGUCUGGCAGAUGACAGCAGCCCACGAGGGGGUGUGUGUGUUUGGCUUGUCACACAACAGCAGAGCCUGAGCAGCUGAGUUUGCCUGUGCACCAGACCAACCCCAUCCAGCUGGGAGCAGCCAGAGAGGACAUCCCAGGCUAGUGAGCUGCAGGAGAGGACAAGACUCUUGAGAUGGCCAGGCUGCAUUACCUGCACAAAGAACAAGUGAACUGGCAUCAGCUGAAGAUACAGCAGGAGAGGAUUAAAGGUGAUGCAGAAAACAGGAGGAUAUGAAUUAAUGACAUUUUUCAACCUUCUUUAGUUAUGGCAAUGACGAGCCAUUGUGCAUGUUACAAUGAGAAGAAUUUUUCAAUGAGGCCUCCCCAUUUCAGGGUAUUCCUAUGAAAUAAACCUACUUGUCAUUUGACACCAAGCUUUGAAAUAUCACAGAAUAUUCUGAGUUAGAAGAGACCCACAAGGAUCAUUGAGUCCAACUCUUGAGGGAAUGGCCCAUACAGAGAUCGAAUACACAAUGUUGAUGUUGUUAGCACUGUUCUGUAACCAGCUGAGCCAGUGCAUCAUUCAGAGUUUAUCAGGGUUUAGAAUAGGGCUCAAAGAGAAGAAACCAAAACAGAGUUAAGAACAUUCUUCCAAUUUGUAAGAGCCAUUGUUUACAUUCAUGGGAAAGCCAUGAAGCAAGGCAAACAUAACAUAAUGUUAAAAAAUGUGUGUGCUUUUUUAAGCAUCUGAGAUAGCAAGCAUAAUACUAUUUGUACUAAAGUGUAGGUGCUGCCAAGAGAGCAGUUCAGCUUGAAUUUACUCCUUAGAAAAACUCCUCUUUCUCCCCUAUAUUUUGCAGAGCUGCACUAAUUUAUGCUGCAUAAAUACAAGAAGAAAAAUCUAAUGAAGAAAGGAUUAGGAAAUCACUUUGUUCUUUCAGAUGAGAAUUCUGUGUCCUUCGGGCUGUCAGACUGGGGCAUCAUGGUGGUCUCAAGCUGAAAAAUCACGUGAUCAAAAAGGUAGAUUUUCUGAAAGGGUAUCUUAUAGAAAACUAAUUUCCAUGGGAGUUAUCUAUAUGCUUUGGUGUUUUAAGUCAAUUAGAAUAAAUGGCAUAUGGCAAACCUUUCAUAUUUUUAUAAUAUGUUAAUGAUUAACUGGCUUCCUACAUCUUUGUUGACUUAGUGGGAGAGUGACAAGGAACUGUGAGGUACCUAUUUUGGUAGCGUAACAAGUUGGAGAAUUUGCACGGGCAUUUUCUUCUACCUCUCUUUUGGAACUUGCUUCAUCCAGCUGACACUGCUCCAAAGCCUUAGGCAACUCUCAGACUCAGAGAAGAAAAUGAGAACUAAAGAACUGCCACACUGACUGUUUGAAAUGUCUAUUGAAGAAGAAUAUCAGGAGAUGGGAUUGUGGCCACAAAGAACUGAUCUAUUCAACUGCAACAUUUCAUUUUAGUCUUUUUAAAGUGCCUCUCACUCUUCACAUGGCAACUGUGUCUGUGACAGAGCAGGAGAGCUCCAAAGGAUGAACUUCCUGGUCAGCACCUCACACCUCCAGCUUGCUGCCUUUGUUCUGGGCACGAUAGGCUGGAUUCUGUGCACUGUUUCAAUGGGAAUUGUGGAAUGGAGAGUGUGGCAUGUGGACAACACCACUAUCAUCUCCUCUGGCGUUGCCUGGGUGGGCAUUUGGAAAGUCUGCUUCAUCAGUUACCUUCACGUCUCACCUGGCUAUAGAGAACAGUUUUGCCAUAAAUUCAGUGGCUAUGACUCCUUCAUCCCCCAUGAAAUUUAUGCUGCUCAGGGUCUCCUGUUGAUCGCCAUGUUCACGGGCUUGCUGGGACUGGUUGCUACAAUAUUUGCUCUGAGAAAUGUGUAUAUGGGAAUCACUGACAAAACUCUCAUUGCCCCGUUCUUCCUGGUGGGUGGUUUCUUCUACAUAUUUGCUGGUCUGUGUGUCCUGAUUCCUGUGAGCUGGAAUUUCUAUUCUGUGACCCACAACCAGAGCAUAGAUUUUCCUCCUUCUUACUACAUGCCCUCCAGUCCAGCAGCACAGGAAGCUGGUGCUGCCAUUCCUGUUGGGAUUGUGGCUGUCAUCCUCCUGCUGCUAAGCGGGACAUUUUCUCUCUCAUACAGAUUUCCCAUGACUGCAAAACCUAUCACGAAAUCCUGACAGGACAAAUCUCCCCCCAUGCUAAUUUCAGACCAAGAGCAUAGUCAAGAGAUAAGGACAGCAGCAUAAGUAGUUGUAAAGUUAUGGAACUGCUGAAUUUAAUUUUAUUCCGUAGUAGCCACACUAUAUUCUUAUAUGAACCAGCUGAGUCACCAUCUUAAUACUCACCAGAGGUUAGUCUUUGAGAUAACUGCUGUUGAGCAGCAAAUGUGAUUAAAUUUUGCCAGUUGUCCUCUUUUGUAUAUACAAACAUUAUUAUGAUUAAUUUUUUUUGGGGGGUGUAAAAUAUUUACGAUGCUCCAAGAGCUGACUUUGAAUGAACUGUCCUGUAAGAAAAAUGUGAAGUAACAUGUAUUAAAUGUGAA